AUGUCCGAACACAACAGCGAAAACAAUGGCGAGCAACAGGCAGCCCAGGGCCAGCCGGACGAAGCCGUUGGCGAGAAUAAAAUGAAAUCCCGUCUGCGCAAGGGAGCCCUCAAAAAGAAAAACGUUUUCAAUGUCAAGGAUCACUGUUUCAUACCGCGCUUCUUCAAGCAGCCCACAUUCUGUUCACAUUGCAAAGAUUUCAUAUGGGGUUUUGGCAAGCAAGGUUUUCAAUGCCAAGUUUGUUCGUAUGUCGUUCACAAGCGUUGUCAUGAAUAUGUUACAUUUAUAUGCCCGGGCAAGGAUAAAGGAAUUGAUUCCGAUUCACCCAAAACUGUACACCAUUUUGAACCAUUUACAUACGCAGGACCCACAUUCUGCGAUCAUUGCGGUUCCUUAUUAUACGGCAUCUAUCAUCAAGGUCUAAAAUGUUCAGCAUGUGACAUGAACGUGCAUGCACGUUGCAAGGAGAACGUGCCCAGCUUAUGCGGAUGUGAUCACACUGAACGACGUGGACGCAUUUUCCUGGAAUUGGGUGUUAAAGAUAACACCUUAACCGUACUGAUUAAAGAAGGUCGAAAUCUCAUUCCCAUGGAUCCAAAUGGUCUCAGUGAUCCUUAUGUUAAGGUCAAACUCAUUCCCGAUGAACAUGAAAAAUGCAAAAAGAAAACGCGUACGAUUAAGGCAUGCCUGAAUCCAGUAUGGAAUGAAACAAUUACAUAUGAACUAAAAGCCGAAGACAAAGAUCGACGAGUUCUCAUAGAAGUCUGGGAUUGGGAUCGUACUUCGCGCAAUGAUUUCAUGGGAGCCUUAUCAUUUGGAAUCUCAGAAAUAAUUAAGAAUCCUGCCAAUGGCUGGUUCAAAUUGCUUACCCAAGAGGAGGGUGAAUAUUACAAUGUGCCAUGUGCUGAUGCCACACAAGAUUUGCUUAAACUUAAAUCUCAGAUGAGAAAAUCAUCACAGAAAAAACCUUUGGUUAUGCGUUCCGAAACCAAUAGCCAGAGUCAAACCAAAGAUAUGAUAAGAGCCAGUGACUUUAAUUUUAUUAAGGUACUAGGCAAGGGGUCAUUUGGCAAGGUUCUAUUAGCCGAACGCAAAGGCACCGAAGAAUUGUAUGCCAUUAAAAUACUCAAAAAGGAUGUCAUUAUCCAGGACGAUGAUGUCGAAUGUACCAUGAUUGAGAAACGUGUUUUGGCCCUGGCAGAGAAACCACCAUUUUUGGUACAAUUACAUUCCUGCUUCCAGACAAUGGAUCGCCUGUUUUUCGUUAUGGAAUAUGUCAAUGGCGGCGAUUUAAUGUUUCAAAUACAACAAUUUGGCAAAUUUAAGGAGCCUGUUGCUGUUUUUUAUGCUGCCGAAAUUGCCGCUGGCCUAUUCUUCUUGCAUAGCAAAGGCAUUUUGUACAGAGAUCUUAAAUUGGAUAAUGUCUUAUUGGAUUCUGAUGGUCAUGUGAAAAUUGCCGAUUUCGGUAUGUGCAAAGAAAAUAUUAUUGGUGAUAAGACAACAAAAACAUUCUGCGGUACACCGGAUUAUAUAGCGCCUGAGAUAAUAUUAUAUCAGCCCUAUGGAAAAUCUGUUGAUUGGUGGGCCUAUGGUGUUCUCUUGUAUGAGAUGUUGGUUGGCCAACCGCCCUUCGAUGGUGAAGAUGAAGAGGAAUUAUUUGCAGCCAUUACUGACCACAAUGUAUCAUAUCCUAAGAGUUUAAGCAAAGAGGCCAAGGAAGCCUGUAAAGGUUUUCUAACCAAACAACCCAGCAAACGUUUGGGCUGUGGACCAACCGGUGAGGAAGAUGUACGUUUACAUCCCUUCUUUAGGCGUAUCGAUUGGGAAAAAAUUGAAAAUCGUGAAGUUCAGCCGCCAUUUAAACCGAAAAUUAAACACCGCAAAGAUGUCUCCAAUUUCGAUAAACAAUUCACAUCGGAAAAGACCGAUUUAACACCCACAGAUAAAGUUUUCAUGAUGAAUUUGGAUCAAACGGAAUUUGUGGGCUUCUCCUAUAUGAAUCCCGAUUACAUUGUGCCCACAUAAAUAACGACGACGACAAUGACCACCACAUGUUUAGGCGAAUAAGGUGAG